AUGUCUGCCCCACUCAAACGGACAAUAUCAAAGAUGGACAGCAUUCGAGUCUUAACUCCCGCACAUCCCGCACAUUCAAUACCACUUCUCAGACUGUCUCUUGUCGUGUCUCUGUCAAAUUUCAAUCAGGAGAACGUAUUCGGUAUGCUGGUACCGAACACGUAUUUCACGCAGAAGCAAUUUCGUAGUCCGCAGUCAAAACUCGUUAUCGUAUCAAUUCCAAAUUGUCCAAAUAUUGCAACACCCUCUCCCCAACGUGCGCUCAAUGCUCUCCAAUCCACUUGGCUAAAACAACACCCUCGGCGGUAUUACGACUGUCUUAUCAAUAUCCCCAAAUAUCUAACUGUCCAAUAUGCAGCAUGCCAACCUGCCGAAGGCUCACCAAUAGAUUCGCCAAAGUACGACACCAUUAUCGCCAGCGCUACAUGCAAAGAACAGUUUGAGCGCCAUUUUGGACAGGCACAGAGACACAGCUAUCUUGCGGCUGUGGCAAGUUUAUUGGGUGAUUUGAGUCCACCAUCACAAUGCACUAGCCGGUUUUUCUCACCAUCAAUCCGUCUUUAUGCUAUAACUUAA